GGCGAGGCAUAUAAAUAGAGGCGAGGAGAAGGCGGUGGUCCGCCAUUUCGUGGACGCCGGGUCAGCGAGAGCAUCUGCUGGAGCCGGGAGGGGUGGGAAGCGGGAAGACCCAUCCGAGGGUGUGUUGAUUUGAGCGUCAGCUUUCUAAUCCACGAUCUCGAAAUGCAUCGUGAUUCCUGUCCAUUGGACUGUAAGGUUUAUGUAGGUAAUCUUGGAAACAACGGUAACAAGACUGAAUUGGAACGAGCUUUUGGCUAUUAUGGACCACUCCGAAGUGUGUGGGUUGCUAGAAACCCUCCCGGCUUUGCUUUUGUUGAAUUUGAAGAUCCCCGAGAUGCAGCCGAUGCUGUCCGAGAACUAGAUGGGAGAACAUUAUGUGGCUGCCGAGUAAGAGUGGAACUCUCGAAUGGUGAAAAGAGAAGUCGAAAUCGUGGCCCACCUCCGUCUUGGGGUCGUCGCCCUCGAGAUGAUUAUCGGAGAAGAAGUCCUCCACCUCGCCGCAGAUCUCCAAGACGGAGAAGCUUCUCCCGCAGCCGGAGCAGGUCCCUUUCUAGAGAUAGGAGGAGAGAGAGAUCCCUGUCUCGGGAGAGAAAUCACAAGCCGUCCCGAUCCUUUUCUAGGUCUCGUAGCCGAUCUAGAUCAAAUGAAAGGAAAUAGAAGACCAGUUUGCAAGAGGAGUGGUGUACAGGAAAUAACUUCAUUUGACAGGAGUAUGUACAGAAAAUUCAAGUUUUGUUUGAGACUUCAUAAGCUUGGUGCAUUUUUAAGAUGUUUUAGCUGUUCACAUUUGUUUGUCUCUUGGAACAGUGACACAUAAAGAUGUAAUUCUCUAUGAUUUGAAUGGAUCAUACGAGGCAUGUAAUAUCAAGAAUUGUUACUUUACAAUGUUCCCUUAAGCAAAAUUGAAUUUGCUUUGAAGUUUUGUCUUAUAUAGACUGAUAAAAAACCUCUUACUCCUGCCCAGCUAAACCUUGACAUUUAAUAUUAUGAGAACAAAACUGGCAAAAAUUAAAUGAAGUCUUUCUAUAGCUGGGAUAAUAGUAUGCAGCUGUAGUUAAAUAAGCAGUCUUUAAAAGCUGGUGUGAACACAAGCCAGCAAUAAAAAUUAAGCUGCACUAUUAAACUAGAUUAGAGGUUUAAAAAAAAAAGAAUCCAACUAGUCUUCGUACUGGGCAGGGUGUCCAGUUGGUAUAGAAUUGGAAGUUUCAAGAAAGUUAGUUUACCUUUGUUUUAGGUCAUAAGUUCCUUACGUGAUUGCUGUAUAUGAAAACAUGGCUCUUUGUAAUAUUCUCUAUUUGGUAAUUUGAAACUAUUAAAGAUACCAGUGUUCUGCCAGUUUAAGGGUACAUUGUAGAGCUGAACUUUGAGUUACUGUGCAAGAUUUUUUUUUCAUGCUGUCAUUUGUAAUAUGUUUGUGAGAAUCCUUGGGAUUAAAGUUUUGGUUACAAAUUGUUGUUUAACCUGAAAGCCUGUUUUUCCUUGCAAAACUAAAAUCUGUGAGCUUGGUAUCAAGUCCAGGUAUAACAUUCCUAUUGGAAGCCAUACUUAUAUUUUCUUGUAAAGUGCUUUUGAAUUAAUAAAAUAUUAGCAUAAUUGUGUAA